AUGGCGAACUAUCCGGAGAAGAAGGACAGUGGACGUGCUAAGCCGGAAGUCUCUGAGUUCAAAAGGUGGCAAGGACACAAACCUAGUGGCAAUGACAACAACAAACGUGGCCGUAAGGGCGUGAGCGCUCUGAGCUGUCAUGUGCGUGGUGUUGCGAUACCUGUGGUCGCCGCAGUGACUGGCCGAUCCCCAGCAGGUACCGAAGUGGAGUGGGUGCUGGAUUCGGCUAGCGAGGUGCACGUGUGCAACCAGCGCGCGACACUGCACAAUGGACGAGUUGACGAAGUGCAUGUAUUCCAAGGAUACGAUGGAGGAAUAGGAGAAAACAAGGAGGUUGGUGAUGUUACGUUGCGUGUGAAGAACAACAAAUCGCCGCAUGCUGAAGUGAUGUUGCCAUUUAAGAAUGUGCUGCUCACACCUGCUGCUCCUGAUAAUUUGUUGAGCAUGGACAAAUUGGAGACGGACGGGUGGAGUGUGAAGUUCGGCCUUCUGAAUUCUCAGCGUAGAGCACGUGGAGUUGCUGCUGGUGAAGUCCAACCGCCGCUACCGGCUGAAGGCAACUGCGGUCGCAGUGUACGCAGUGACGGCAUUGCAGAGCGAGGUGCCGCAGCCUGUGAGUGA